AUGGUCGAGUGGUUUCACCGCCAUCUGAAGGCCUCCCUACGCUCCGCGGCCGAUCCGCAGAACUGGAUGGACCACAUUCCCCUAGUCCUCUUGGGCAUCCGCUCCGCUCUCAAGCCGGACAUUGACUGUUCCGCAGCUGAACUGGUGUUUGGCACCACCGUCCGACUCCCCGGUGAGAUGGUCUCGCCAACCCCGUGAGGUGCAGUUGAGGAUUCCACCAACCUCGAGCAUCACCUCCGGCAGUUUAUGCGGACACUUCCUCCGGUUCUGCCCAGCUCCUCCGCCUCUCCGUCUUAUCUCGCGAAGGACUUGGCAACGUGCUCUCACGUCCACGUUCGAUGUGAUCGAGUCCACCGGCCUCUGGAACUGCCCUAUGACGGCCCAUUCCGGGUGUUCUCUCGCAGGUCGAAGACUUUUCUCAUUCAACGUGACAAUCGUGAAGAGGUCGUGAGUGUGGACCGCCUCAAGGCUGUCCUCCCAGACACUCCUCCGGAUGAGCCCUGUGGUACUCUACCUUCUGCGCAUAAGUCGACGCCUAUCGAAAGGCAAAAGUUUCUCAUCGUCGGGCCGAUCGGAAUGCGUCGCGCCCAAACGAACUGCCGAUACAAGCAAAGAUGCGAGUUCCAGGAACUAGUUAAUCAUAAGAAGAAGCGAUCGCUGGAACAAGGACUUUAUUCGCCUGACGUUUGGAUUCUCACUUGA